GUCAAUGUUCGUGAGUUUUCGGACAUUUAGUAAGCGGACAGUAAAACACAUUCUACAGCCGUCUUAAAUAUUUAACAUAUUUGAUUUGAUCUGUUAUAAAUAAUCAUAAGCACUCCGUAAAAACAAUUGCUUCUGAUAAUUAGAAUCAGCAAAAUGGUUGAUUACAGCAAAUGGAAAGAUAUCGAGAUUUCAGAUGAUGAAGAUGAUACCCAUCCAAAUAUUGAUACUCCAUCGUUAUUUAGAUGGAGACAUCAAGCGCGUCUUGAGAGAAUGGAGGAACAGAAAAAACAAAAAGAAGAAUUUCAACGCAUUAAAGAACAGACACUUUCAAAAGUGGAAGAAACCAAGAAAAAAAUAGAACUCAUGGAGAAAGAGAAAGCAAGUCCUGAAGAUUUAAAUGCUCUGAAAAAACAGCUCCAAGAAUUGGAGCUGGAAGAAGAGAAGGUCAAAGCUAAAGAAGAUGAGUUGAAAAAAAAAGACAAACUAACGCCUUGGAACGUUGAUACUAUCGCCCAUCCUGGGUUUACGAAAACUGUUAUCAAUACAAAACCACGCAGACGACAGGAUGAAGAAGAUCAACAGUUGCCGGAGGAGGAGAGGGAACUGAAGAUGAAGGAGUUUGUCAAAACGAAUGAAAAAAGUUUAAAGAAGUUCGGUAUGUUAAGACGUUAUGACGACAGUAAACAGUAUUUACAAGAAAAUCCCCAGUUGGUUUGUGAAAAUACAGCCAACUAUUUAGUAAUCUGGUGCAUAAAUUUGGAAAUGGAGCAGAAACACGAAUUGAUGGAGCACGUGGCGCAUCAGUGCAUCUGUAUGCAAUAUAUUUUAGAAUUAUCUAAACAAUUAGACGUAGACCCUCGGGCGUGUGUCGGUUCCUUCUUUAGCAGAAUCCAAAUAGCGGACGUAGAAUACAAAAAGUCAUUUGAUGACGAACUGGAAGCAUUCAAAGAACGGAUCAGAAAGAGAGCCGAAGAAAAAGUCGCUGAAGCUCUCAAAGAGGCUGAAGAGGAAGAGAGAAAAGCAAGACUUGGUCCAGGUGGUUUGGAUCCUGUUGAAGUAUUCGAGAGCUUGCCUGAGCCAUUACAAAAAUGCUUUGAAGCUCAGGACAUUCCAUUGCUGCAACAAACAAUUGCUGCGAUGCCUGAAGAUGAGGCUAAAUAUCACAUGCGAAGAUGUAUUGACAGCGGUCUCUGGGUACCAGACGCAAAGUCUAAGGAAAAUAAAGCUAAUGAAAGUGAAUCGUCAUCAAGUGAAGCUAAAUCUACCACAGCAACACCCGAUCCAGAAUAACUAUGAUGCUAUAGAGAUCAAGACGCAGUGACUUGUGGGUAAAAUAUGGAAUCAAAAAUGGCCAAGCUGCUCUAUUAAGUCUAUUCUCCAAGAAGUCAAAUCC